AUGAAGAUGGCUGCGGAGGUGAGGUGGCCAGUGUUGUUUUAUUUAUUAAUUAUUGUUAACUAUUUAAAUGCUAGUGAUGUGCAUAAAAAAUUCGAGUAUAAGUACUCCUUCAAGCCGCCUUACUUAGCGCAAAAAGACGGAAGUGUACCGUUCUGGAAUUACGGAGGCAAUGUAAUUGCCAGCUCGGAAAAAGUCAGGUUAGCGCCGUCACUUAGGAGUCAGAAAGGAGCAAUAUGGACCAAGCAGCAGGUAGAUUUCGAUUGGUGGGAAGUAGAUUUGAAAUUCAACAUCAAUGGACGAGGAAGAAUCGGAGCUGAUGGUCUAGCUUUUUGGUACACCACUCAACCAGGAAGCUUCGAUGGUCCUGUUUUUGGUAGUUCCGACAUGUGGAAUGGUCUUGGUAUAUUCUUCGACUCCUUUGAUAAUGACAAUAAGCACAACAACCCUUACAUUAUGGCGAUUGUUAACGAUGGGACCAAAGUUUUUGAUCACGCCAAUGAUGGAACAACACAAAUGUCUGCUGGUUGUCUGAGAGAUUUUCGUAAUAAAUUGUUCCCAACUCAAGCUAAAAUUGAGUACUAUCAAAAUACUCUAACGCUGCUGUUUCACAACGGAAUGACAAGCAGUCCAGACGAAUUCGAGCUGUGUUUCCGGGUAGAAAACAUUUUCUUGCCGAAAGGAGCUUACUUCGGAGUAUCAGCAGCCACUGGAGGACUUGCUGAUGAUCACGACGUCAUGCAUUUCUUGACGACGUCUCUCCAUCCACCUGGACAAAUCCAGCUUGAUCAAACCAGAACUGUGUCCAAUGAAGAUCAGGCUAAGAUCAGCCAAGAAUAUCAGGAUUACCAGAAGAAAUUGGAUCAACAAAAAGAAGACUAUCGCAAAGAACACCCCGAUAAGCGCCGUGAAAAGGAAGAAUUCGACGACUGGUUCGAAUCCGACAGCCAGCGCGAGCUUCGUCAAAUCUUCACCGGGCAGAGCCACAUGUUCGAAAUCCUCCGCGAGUUGCACAAAAAACUAGACGAGACGAUCGGUAAACAAGAGCGCACACUCUCUCUGAUUUCCCAACUGCAGGUCGGCGGCGUCCAGACCGGCGGUGGUGGCCAACCUGUCCAAUUGAUAGACACAAUCCGCAGGCAAGAGGUAGACGCGGUGCUCAGCAACCAGAACAUAAUCCUGAACACCGCUCGUGAGAUAAAAUCCUUUGUUGGAGAGGUUAAUUCUAAAGCGGAGUCAAUUUUGACGAACCAGGCCCGCGGACCUACUGCCCAAGUCCAGCCCAUCGGCUACGACUACCAAUCACUGAUCUCGGAAAUGCGCGACGGACUUAACCAGGUCAAGCGCGACAUUGCUCAGACCUACAACAAAUUGACUGCAGCGCCACCUGCGACCUCUUGUCCCACGGGUAAUUGUCUCACCACAACCAUGUUCAUUGUUUUUGUCGUUAUUCAAUUGUUCAUCCUUCUCGGGUACAGCAUGUACCGCGAUAGCAAAGAAGCGCAAGCUAAAAAAUUCUAUUAA